AACCCUCUCUCUCUCUCUCUAGUUUCUCCUCUCCCCAUCUGUUUCUCUCUCUACGCUCUGGGGUUUCCACUUUCUCUCUCUUUUUCUCUCUAUAUACAAUACAACGCUCCUCUGUACAGUGACUCCAACCUUUGGAUGUGCACGCACCAGUCGUCUCUCCCUCUUUCUCCUCAACCAGUUGAUAGAAGUAGAAAAGUAGGGGUGAUAUGGCAACCCUAAGAUCGAGCUUGCCAUCGAGUUUGCGGCAACUUCUGUCCAGCGAAGGAACCCUAGGCCCUUCUGUUAGACUGGACUCUGAGCCUCCUCCAAAAAUAAAGGCAUUCAUUGACAAGGUGAUCCAGUGUCCAUUACAGGAUAUAGCAAUACCUCUUUCUGGAUUUCGUUGGGAGUACAACAAGGGAAAUUUUCAUCACUGGAGGCCAUUGUUUCUGCAUUUUGAUACAUACUUCAAGACAUUCUUAUCUUCUAGGAAAGACCUUCUCGUGAUUGAUAAUAUUGACGAUGAUAGUCCAUUUCCGAAGCAAGCAGUUCUACAAAUUUUGCGAGUGAUGCAAAUCAUUAUAGAGAACUGCCAUAAUAAGAGUUCAUUUAGUGGCUUAGAGCAUUUCAAGCUCUUGCUUGCAUCAACAGAUCCUGAGAUUAUUGUUGCGACCUUGGAGACUCUUUCUGCAUUGGUAAAGAUAAACCCAUCGAAAUUACAUGCAAGUGGUAAGCUGGUUGGAUGUGGCUCAGUGAAUAGCUGUCUCCUCUCGCUUGCACAAGGUUGGGGAAGCAAGGAAGAGGGCUUGGGUUUGUAUUCAUGUGUUAUUGGGAAUGAAAAAACUCAAGAGGAAGGGCUGUCCUUGUUUCCAUCCGAUGUACAAAAUGAUUGCGACAAGUCUCAGUACCGAUUGGGGUCUACCCUUUACUUUGAGUUGCAUGGUGUUAAUUCUCAAAGUACUAGUGAAAAAUCCAGUGAUGGUGCAGUAUCUUCUGGCAUGAGUGUUAUACACAUCCCAGAUCUCCAUUUACGAAAGGAGGAUGAUCUGUCACUCAUGAAGCUGUGCAUGGAGCAGUACAAUGUACCUCCUGAGCACAGGUUCUCAUUGCUAACAAGAAUCAGAUAUGCCCAUGCCUUUCGUUCUCCCAGAAUAUGCAGGCUGUACAGCAGGAUUUGUAUACUUGCAUUUAUAGUGCUUGUUCAAUCUAGUGACUCCCAUGAAGAACUUGUUUCCUUCUUUGCCAAUGAGCCAGAAUAUACAAACGAGUUGAUCAGGAUUGUGAGGUCUGAGGAAACUAUUUCUGGAACCAUUAGAACACUUGCAAUGCAUGCCUUGGGAGCUCAGUUAGCUGCAUAUUCAUCAUCUCAUGAGCGGGCACGCAUUUUGAGUGGAUCAAGCAUCAGUUUUGCAGGGGGUAACCGAAUGAUUCUCCUUAAUGUGCUGCAGAGAGCAAUUUUGUCACUGAAUAACUCCAGUGAUCCUUCAUCUGUUGCCUUUGUUGAAGCACUUCUACACUUUUACCUGCUUCAUGUCAUAUCUUCUUCAAGUUCUGGGAGUGUUAUUCGGGGCUCAGGAAUGGUACCCACAUUUUUACCUCUUUUGGAGGACACUGACCCCACACAUAUGCAUCUUGUUUGUUUAGCCAUGAAGACACUACAAAAGCUUAUGGACUAUAGCAAUUCAGCAGUGACUCUUUUCAAAGAUUUGGGUGGGGUAGAGCUCUUGGCACAUAGAUUGCAGAUUGAAGUACACAGAUUGAUUGAUUCUGCUGGAGCAGAUUAUAAUUCAAUGAGUGUUGGUGAAUGCUCAAGAUUUAAUGAUGAUUGUUCGUAUUCACAAAAAAGGCUUAUCAGGAUUUUACUAAAGGCUCUCGGUUCUGCUACUUAUGCCCCUGCCAACUCUACAAGAUCCCAGAACUCUCAUGAUGUUUCCUUACCUGCCACUCUAUCACAGAUAUUUAGAAAUGUGGAUAAAUUUGGAGGUGAUAUUUAUUCCUCAGCUGUGACUGUUAUGAGUGAAAUGAUUCACAAAGACCCUACAUGUUUUCCUGCUUUGCAUGAGUUGGGUCUUCCUGAUGCUUUUCUAUCAUCAGUUGUAGCUGGAAUACUUCCUUCUUCGAAGGCUCUUACAUGCGUUCCUAAUGGUCUUGGGGCCAUCUGUCUUAAUGCCAAAGGCUUGGAGAGAGUGAGAGAAACCUCAGCAUUACGGUUCCUUGUCGAGGUUUUCACUGACAAGAAAUAUGUAGUGGCAAUGAAUGACGGUAUUGUUCCUUUGGCAAAUGCUGUGGAAGAGCUUUUGCGGCAUGUAUCUUCAUUGAGAAGUAUUGGUGUUGAUAUUAUCAUUGAAAUUGUGAACAGACUUGCUUCUAUAGAAGACAAUAAGUGUACAGGUUCAUUGGGAAAAGUCAAUGGAAGUACUGCCAUGGAAAUGUAUUCCGAGGAUAAGGAAAAUGUGGGCCCUUGCUGUGUGGUUGGUGCGUCAGAGUCAACUGUAGAUAGCAUGAGCGAUGAGCAGUUUAUCCAACUUUCCAUCUUUCAUGUGAUGGUACUUGUUCAUAGGUCAACGGAAAAUUCUGAAACAUGUCGAUUAUUUGUGGAGAGGUCAGGAAUUGAAUCUUUACUGAAACUUAUAUUACGGCCCAGCAUUUCACAAUCAUCGGAAGGGAUGUCCAUAGCUUUACAUAGCACCAUGGUCUUUAAGGGCUUUGCUCAACAUCACUCUGCUCCUUUAGCACGCGCCUUCUGUUCUUCUCUCAGAGAUCAUCUGAAAAAAGCUUUGAUGGGAUUCAGUGUGGCUUCAGGAUCAUUUCUGCUGGACCCGAAGAUGAUUCCGGAUAGUGAAAUCUUUUCUUCACUUUUUCUUGUUGAGUUCCUUCUGUUUCUUGCUGCCUCAAAAGACAAUCGUUGGAUAGCUGCAUUGCUUACAGAAUUUGGAAAUGGUAGCAAGGAUGUUCUGGAAGACAUUGGACGUGUUCAUCGUGAAGUUCUAUGGCAGAUUGCUCUACAGGAAGAUGCAAAGCUUGAGAUAGAGGAUGAUGGUGCCAGUUUGGGUGAUGAGUCACAGCAGUCAGAAUUGAAUACUAGUGAAGCUGAAGAGCUAAGAUUCAACUCUUUCAGGCAGUUUCUCGAUCCUUUACUUAGAAGAAGGAUGUCAGGAUGGAGUUUUGAAUCCCAGUUUUUUGACCUCAUAAACCUAUACCGUGAUCUCACUCGAGCUUCUGGUCUUCAACGACAAACUGUUGAUGGUCCUUCAAACAUGCAGCUUGGAGCCACUCAUCAACCACAUCAGCCUGGUACUUCUGAUGAUGCUGUGGCCAGUGGUAGAAAGGAAGAUGACAAGCAGAGAUCAUAUUAUUCUUCGUGUUGUGAUAUGGUGAGAUCAUUGUCACUUGAUAUUACCCAUUUGUUUCAAGAGUUGGGGAAGGUAAUGGUGCUUCCUUCUCGCCGACGAGAUGAUUUGUUGAAUGUGUCCCCUUCUGCAAAAUCUGUGGCUUCUACCUUUGCCUCCAUUGCAUUAGACCAUAUGAAUUUUGGAGGUCCUGUCAAUCAGUCUGGAUUAGAGGCAUCUGUUUCAACUAAGUGUCGAUACUUCGGCAAGGUUAUUGAUUUCAUAGAUGGCGUUCUACUGGACAAGCCGGACUCAUGUAAUCCAGUUUUAUUGAAUUGUUUGUAUGCAUGUGGUGGCGUUCAAUCAAUAUUGACCACCUUUGAAGCUACCAGUCAGUUGCUUUUUGCUAUUAACAGGGCUCCUGCUUCUCCUAUGGACACCGAUGAAGGGACUUUAAAGCAAGAUGAAGUAGAAGAGACAGAUCAUUCGUGGAUAUAUGGUCCCUUGGCUAGCUAUGGUAAACUCAUGGAUCACCUGGUGACUUCAUCCUUUGUUCUAUCUCCUUUUACAAAACACUUACUUGCUCAGCCUCUAGUGAGUGGAGAUAUUCCAUUUCCACGAGAUGCAGAGACAUUUGUGAGGGUCCUCCAGUCCAUGGUACUGAAGGUAGUGCUUCCUGUUUGGACUCGCCCGCAAUUUACAGAUUGCAAUUAUGAAUUCAUUGCAUCCGUUGUUUCCAUCCUUCGGCACAUUUAUUCUGGGGUUGAAUUGAAAGAUGUCAAUACCACUGGGGCUCGUGUAUCCGGUCCUCCACCUAAUGAAUCAACUAUUUCAACAAUUGUGGAGAUGGGAUUUUCUAGGUCCCGAGCAGAAGAGGCUUUGAGGCAGGUUGGAUCAAAUAGUGUGGAGCUGGCAAUGGAAUGGUUGUUCUCACAUCCUGAGGAAAUUCUAGAAGACGAUGAACUUGCUCGUGCACUUGCGAUGUCCCUUGGGAAUUCAGUAACAGAUACAAAGGAAGAUGCUGCAAAUGAGACUAGUCAGCAUAUUGAAGAAGAAAUUAUCCAACUCCCCCCUGUUGAUGAUUUAUUGUCAACAUGUAGGAAACUUCUGCAAAUGAAGGACUCUCUAGCUUUUCCAGUUCGGGAUCUUCUUGUAAUGAUAUGCUCCCAGAAUGAUGGUCAACACAGGGCCAGUGUUAUUUCAUUUAUUAUAGAGCAAGUGAAGUUUUGUGAUAACAUUACUGAAGGUGGAAACAGUAACAUGCUAUCUGCUCUUUUUCAUGUUCUUGCUUUAAUUCUUAAUGAAGAUGUUGCGGCAAGAGAAGUUGCUUCAAAAAGUGGCUUGGUUAAAGUUGCUUCAGAUCUUCUUUCAACCUGGAGUUCUGGUUCAUGUGGCAGGGAGACAUCUCAAGUUCCAAAAUGGGUCACAGCAGCUUUUGUUGCUCUUGAUCGGCUUGCUCAAGUGGAUCAAAAAUUAAAUGCUGAUAUCUCAGAGCUGUUGAAGAAGGAUGAUGUUGGUAGCCAGCCAUCUAUCAUAAUUGAUGAGGAUAGGCAAAACAAGUUGCAGUCAACUUUGGGAUUCUCUUUAAAACAUAUAGAUAUACAGGAGCAGAAGAGACUUGUUGAGAUCGCUUGUGGUUGCAUCAGGAACCAGCUUCCGUCUGAAGCGAUGCAUGCUGUUCUGCAGCUAUGUUCUGCUCUUACGAGAACUCAUUCCGUUGCUCUUAGUUUUCUUGAAGCAGGAGGCUUGCCUUUGCUGCUUUCCUUGCCAGCGAGUAGCUUGUUUGUUGGGUUCGACAAUGUUGCUGCUACCAUAAUUCGUCAUAUCCUCGAAGAUCACCAGACUCUUCAGCAAGCAAUGGAAUCUGAGAUUCGGCACAGUGUUGUGACUGCUGCUAAUCGGCAGACCAACGGACGACUUACACCCCGGAAUUUUCUCUCGAAUUUAACUUCUGUCAUUUCACGGGAUCCGGUGAUUUUCAUGCAGGCUGCUCAGUCUGUGUGCCAAGUUGAGGUGGUGGGUGAAAGGCCCUACAUUGUUUUGCUGAAAGAUCGCGACAAGGACAAAUGCAAAGAAAAAGAGAAGGAGAAAGAUAAGCAACAGGCUAAUGAUGGGAAGGAUGGUUUGGGUAGUAUGAGCUCAUUGGCUCCUGCAAAUGGGCAUGCUAAACAUACAGACACAAAUUCCAAGAGUGUGAAAGUUCAUCGAAAACCUCCUCAGAGUUUCAUAAAUGUAAUUGAGCUUCUUUUGAAUUCAGUUGUAACUUUUCUACCUCCAUUGAAAGAUGACACUGUGACAAGGGAUGGCUCAUCAACAGAUAUGGACAUUGAUGUUUCUCUUUGCAAGGGGAAAGGAAAAGCUGUUGCCUCUGUAUCUGAAGAGAAUGAAGUCAAUAACCAGGAGUCUUCUGCAUCAUUGGCAAAGAUUGUUUUUAUUUUGAAGCUCUUGACUGAGAUUAUCUUGAUGUAUGCUUCAUCUGUUCAUGUUCUACUCCGGAGAGAUGUUGAAGUUAGCAGUUGCAAGGGUACUCCACAACGUGGUGCUGCAGAUUACUGCACCAGUGGUAUAUUUCACCAUAUUCUUCAUAAAUUUCUUCCAUAUUCGAGGAAUUCUAGAAAGGACAAGAAAACAGAUAUUGACUGGAGGCAUAAAUUGGCAAGCAGGGCUGGCCAGUUUUUGGUGGCAACUUGUGUUCGCUCCACUGAGGCAAGGAGGAGAGUCUUUACAGAGAUCAGUUAUAUUUUGAAUGACUUUGCUGAUUCUUCUGAAGGCUUUAGGCCUCCAGGAAGUGAUAUCCAGGCUUUUAUUGAUCUGCUCAAUGAUGUUAUGACUGCUCGCUCGCCUACAGGUUCAAAUAUAUCAGCAGAGGCUUCUGUUACUUUCAUAGACAUUGGUCUGGUUCAGUCAUUGACUCGAACUCUUCGUGUGUUGGACCUGGAUCAUGCCGAUUCACCAAAGAUUGUUACAGGACUUGUAAAGGUUCUGGAGUUGGUGACCAAGGAACAUGUCCAUGCCGCCGAGUCUAAUACUGGGAGGGGUGAGAAUUCGUCUAAACCUCCCGAUCAUAGUCAAGCUGGAGUAACGGAUAAUAGUGGUAACAUAUUGCAGUCCAUGGAAACUACUCCUCAAUCUAAUCUGAAUUCGAUGCCAACUGAGCACAUUGAGUCUUUUGGUAGUGUGCAGAAUUAUGGUGGAUCCGAAGCUGUCACUGAUGAUAUGGAACAUGACCAAGAUAUCGAUGGAAGUUUUGCUCCUCCUAGUGAAGAUGAUUACAUGCAUGAAACAUCUGAGGACAACAGGGGUCUUGAAAAUGGCCUUGACACUGUAGGGAUAAGAUUUGAAAUCCAGCCCGAUAUACAAGAGAAUCUUGAUGAAGACGAUGAUGAUAUGUCAGGGGAUGACGGAGAUGAAGGAGAUGAAGAUGAAGAUGAAGAUGGGGAUGAUGAUGAUGAGGAGCACAAUGAUCUGGAAGAAGACGAAGUCCAUCACCUAGCGCAUCCAGACACGGACCAAGAUGACCAUGAAAUUGAUGAAGAGUUUGAUGAGGAGGUGAUGGAGGAAGAGGAUGAGGAUGAUGAGGAUGAGGAGGAUGGAGUUAUACUUAGGCUUGGGGAGGGAAUGAACGGGAUAAAUGUGCUUGACCAUAUUGAGGUACUUGGUAGAGAUCAUAGGUUUUCCAGUGACACUCUCCAUGUGAUGCCUGUCGAAGUUUUUGGCUCCAGACGCCAAGGGCGUACUACAUCAAUCUACAAUCUUCUGGGCAGAAGCAGUGACAAUGCUGUCCCCUCACAGCAUCCACUUUUAGUGGAACCUUCUUCCUCACUACGCACAGUUCCUCCCAGACAAUCAGAGAAUUCUCGUGAUGUUUUCUCUGAUAGGAGCUUGGAAAACGCCUCAUCACGAUUGGAUUCAAUUUUCCGAUCACUCAGGAAUGGACGUCAUGGGCACCGAUCCAGCUUGUGGGCUGACAAUAACCCGCAAAGUGGUGGAUCAAAUGCAUCUGCUAUUCCGCAAGGACUUGAAGAUUUGCUUGUUUCCCAUUUGAGGCGACCAAGCCCUGAGAAACCCUCUGACCCGAACACAAUGGUGGAAUCUCAGAGUAAAGUUGAGGUCAAUCAGUUCCAUGAAUCAGCUGAGACGAUGCCUGAAACCCCUGCCGAAAACAAUGGGAACAGUGGAGGCAGUUAUGUACCUCCUACCUCUUCUGCAGGACUGGAUAGCUCUGGCAGAGCUGAUAUCAGACCUCUGGCAAGCCAAUCUCUACAUGGAAUAGAUGCAUCGGCUGCACAGGCUCAAUCUGUUGAGAUGCAGUUUGAGCACAAUGACUCUGUCGUGCGGGAUGUUGAAGCAGUGAGCCAAGGAAGUAGUGGAAGUGGGGCAACUUUAGGGGAGAGCCUUCGGAGUCUGGAUGUUGAAAUUGGAAGUGCUGAUGGUCAUGAUGAUGGUGGGGACAGGCAAGGUUCUGCUGAUACUCGUCUAAGAAGAACAAAUGCGACAUUUGUGAAUAAUACAACACCAGUUGGUGGUAGAGAUGCAUCCCUUCACAGUGUUAUGGAAGUUGCAGAAAGUCCCAGUCAAGAAGCAGAGCAGGGUGGUCCAGUUGAAGAGCAUCAACACAAUGGUGGCGAAGAUCCUGGGCCGAUUGACCCUGCAUUUCUUGAUGCACUUCCUGAGGAGUUACGUGCCGAGGUUCUUUCCGCUCAACAUGGUCAAGCAGAACAGCCUUCAAAUGCUGAACCCCCAAAUACUGCAGAUAUCGAUCCCGAGUUUCUUGCAGCACUUCCCCCAGACAUCCGGGAAGAAGUUUUAGCACAACAAAGGGCACAAAGGCUGCAUCAGUCACAGGAACUGGAGGGUCAACCUGUUGAAAUGGACACUGUCUCAAUAAUUGCUACAUUUCCUUCAGAAUUACGAGAAGAGGUUCUUUUGACAUCCUCUGAUGCUAUUCUUGCAAAUCUCACGCCUGCCCUUGUUGCGGAGGCAAAUAUGUUACGUGAACGGUUUGCUCGUCGUUAUAAUCGAACACUCUUUGGUAUGUACCCCCGAAACCGUAGGGGUGAGUCUUCUAGGCGAGGUGAAGGUGUGGACCAAGCUAGUGGAAUUACUGGCCGUAGAUCCAUCGGAAGUAAGCCAAUUGACGCUGAAGGGGUUCCUUUGGUCAACACAGAAGAUCUAAAAGCAAUGAUUCGGUUGCUUCGAGUAGUUCAGCCACUUUAUAAGGGUCAGCUGCAGAGGCUUCUCUUGAAUCUUUGUGCUCAUAUUGAAACCAGAACUGCUCUGGUGAAAAUUUUGAUGGACUUGUUGAUGCUUGAUAUGAGAAAGCCUUCCAAUCAUUUGAAUGCUUCUGAGCCUUCAUAUAGGCUGUAUGCUUGCCAAAGUCAUGUGAUGUAUUCUCGCCCUCAAUUUUUUGAUGGUGUUCCUCCUUUGGUGUCUCGGCGUGUUCUGGAAACUCUCACAUACUUGGCACGAAAUCAUUCUUUUGUGGCGAAGAUUUUACUUGAAUUUAGCCUGCCAAUACCGGCUCCCCAAGCGUCGGAGAAUUCUGAUCAGAGACGGGGCAAGGCUGUAAUGAUUGAAGAGGAUGAUAUUGGAAAAAACAAGCAUCAUGAAGGAUACACGUCUAUUGCACUGCUUUUGAGUCUCUUGCAUCAACCUCUUUAUUUAAGAAGUAUAGCCCAUCUUGAACAGCUGCUGAAUUUGUUAGACGUCAUUAUCGAUAAUGCUGAAGUCAAACCAAGUUCAUCUGAUGAGCCUAAGGCAUCUGCAGCUGAACACUCAUCUGGUCUUCAGUUGUCCACAUCCAAUGCUGAGAUAAACACUGGCUCUGGUGGCAUGUCCUCUUAUUCUGACGCAACAUCGUCUAAGGCCGAUGACACCUCCAAACCAUCGUUCUCUGAUGUAAAUAAAGAGUGCGACACUCAAGCUGUUCUUCUUAACCUACCACAUGCAGAACUUCGACUUAUAUGCUCACUGCUUGCACGAGAAGGUCUGUCAGAUAAUGCAUAUGCUCUUGUGGCUGAGGUAUUGAAGAAGUUGGUGGCUAUUGCUCCUGCUCAUUGUCAUCUAUUUAUCACUGAGCUAGCUGGUGCUGUGCGAAAAUUGUCUAAAUCUGCGAUGGAUGAGUUACACUUAUUUGGGGAAGUAGAGAAAGCACUGCUCAGUACUACAUCCUCUGAUGGAGCUGCAAUUCUCAGGGUUUUGCAAGCAUUGAGCUCCCUCAUUGCUUUAGUUGAUGAGAAGGAAAAGGACCGCCAGAUUGUUCCUGAAAGGGAGCAUGGUGCUGCUCUGCCCCUGAUACAGGACAUCAAUGCAGCUUUGGAGCCUUUGUGGCUGGAACUGAGCACUUGCGUUAGCAAAAUAGAGAGCUAUUCAGAUUCCGCACUUGAUUUGUCAAAGUCAUCUCUAAUUUCCACAUCUGAACCAUCUCGAGUAAUGCCUCCACUUCCUGCGGGUUCUCAGAACCUCUUGCCAUACAUAGAAUCCUUCUUUGUGAUGUGUGAAAAGUUGCAUCCUAGCCAAUCAGGUGCAGGACACGAUUUCGGUGGUGUUGCAGUUUCUGAUGUCGAAGAUGCCUCCAGUUCGGCUGGCCUGCAGAAGACAUCAGGGCCUGUUUUGAAAGUUGACGAAAAACACAUUGCUUUUGUUAAGUUCUCUGACAAGCACAGGAAGCUUCUCAAUGCUUUCAUCCGACAAAACCCCGGCUUGCUUGAGAAGUCUUUCUCACUCCUGCUGAAGGUUCCUCGCUUUAUUGAUUUUGACAACAAACGUUCUCAUUUUAGAUCUAAGAUCAAGCAUCAGCAUGAUCAUCAUCAUAGUCCUUUGAGAAUUUCUGUGAGAAGAGCUUACAUUCUUGAAGAUUCAUAUAAUCAACUGCGCUUGAGGUCAACACAAGAUUUGAAGGGGAGGUUGACUGUUCACUUCCAAGGGGAGGAAGGUAUUGAUGCUGGUGGACUUACCAGGGAAUGGUAUCAGUUGUUGUCCAGGGUUAUUUUUGACAAGGGAGCGUUGCUAUUUACGACAGUUGGCAAUGAAUCAACGUUUCAGCCAAAUCCCAACUCUGUUUAUCAGACCGAACAUCUUUCAUACUUCAAGUUUAUUGGGCGAGUUGUAGGGAAAGCACUUUUUGAUGGACAACUUCUUGAUGUUCAUUUCACCCGGUCUUUCUAUAAGCAUAUACUUGGGGUUAAAGUCACAUAUCAUGACAUUGAAGCCAUUGAUCCCGACUACUUCAAAAACUUGAAGUGGAUGCUUGAGAAUGACAUAAGUGAUGUUUUAGAUCUUACUUUUAGCAUCGAUGCUGAUGAAGAGAAGCUGAUAUUAUAUGAACGGACAGAAGUAACUGAUUCUGAACUGAUCCCUGGUGGGCGGAACAUUCGAGUUACUGAGGAGAACAAGCAUCAGUAUGUUGAUUUAAUUGCUGAGCAUCGGUUAACUACUGCAAUUCGUCCUCAGAUAAAUGCAUUUUUGGAAGGAUUUGGUGAAUUAAUACCUCGGGAUUUGAUAUCGAUUUUCAAUGAUAAAGAACUCGAAUUGUUAAUAAGUGGGCUACCAGAUAUAGAUUUGGAUGAUAUGAGGGUGAAUACAGAGUAUUCUGGGUAUAGUGCAGCAUCUCCUGUCAUUCAGUGGUUUUGGGAGGUUGCUCACGGUUUCAGCAAGGAAGAUAAGGCUCGCCUCUUACAAUUUGUGACUGGCACCUCAAAGGUGCCUUUAGAAGGAUUCAGUGCACUUCAAGGAAUUUCAGGGUCGCAGAAAUUUCAAAUACACAAGGCAUACGGCAGUCCUGAUCACUUGCCUUCAGCUCAUACCUGUUUUAAUCAGCUAGAUUUGCCGGAGUAUCCUUCUAAACAACAUCUAGAGGAGAGACUGCUUCUUGCCAUUCAUGAAGCGAACGAAGGGUUUGGAUUCGGUUAAGGCUUACUAUAGGGUUGUCAAGUGAUCAUGUAGAUAAUAUCAUGUCAAAAAUGUCACGAGAAAGAAAACUGUAAGAUUCAAAAGUAGAUACAUGUUUAUAUACUGUACAGUCUAUGUUUGUCAUUGCAAAUGCUUCUGGCAGUUUUUUAGCUUUGCCAAUCUGCUUAAGUUUACUUUGAACCAUUUUUAUUCUAAUUCUUCAAAAUCUUAUUACUGUUAACAAUCUAGCCAUGUUUCCUUGAUGAAUCAUAAUUAUGAAGUUUAUCCAUGAG